AAAGGCUCAUCUUCUGUAUCACGUUUCCUCAGUGACUCUUUAAAACGUCAGCUCCAGUGGCUGUGUGGACUGCACCACUUCACCAAGCACAGGGAAAGGAAUCAAGAGGGAAUAAAUAAGGCUGAAGCAUGAACAAGACAGAGCUCGUCACUGCUGCAGGCUUUGCUGUGUCACUGCUGCUCCACAUGACCCAGGCUGAAGCCUGUCCUGCCUCCUGUGACUGCAAGUCCCUGGGAGGCACGAAGGGUCUGCAGGUCGACUGCAGCUCAAGGAAGCUGACAGCAGUGCCUGCCUUGCCUGGUGACACCAAGAGGCUUUAUCUCCAGAACAACAGCCUGAGCUGGGUCCCUCCCGGCACCCUGGACAGCCUGCACAGCCUGGAGGAGGUGAAAGCCUCUGACAACCCCUGGAACUGUGACUGUCACAUCCUGUACCUCAAACUCUGGUUAGAAGACGUCUCUGCACCCUCUCUUGCAAAAGCCAUAUGCGCAACCCCAGCUCCCGUGAGGAUGAAACCCUUGAGGCAGCUGACUGGGAACGAGCUGGGGAGUUGCAAGAGGCUUCUCCCCAUCAAGUGCCUGGAGUUCUUUUGGCGAGACCUCAUUUUAAUUGCUGGAGCAAUAAUCACACUUAUUUUAGUAGCAUGGGCUCUGAAAUUCUCCAAAAAGCUGGUCUGCCAACUAAACCUAUGCCAGCCUCCCCCUCGGGCUGGUUGCUGCCACUAGCUUUAACAGAAACACCCAACUCUGCCACCACCAAGCAGCACAUGCCCUGGCAACACCAGUUUCAGCAGUGAAGAUGCUACAAACAGAUCCCAGGGGUCAAAGCGUGGGUCCCCAGCUAGGCAAGUUUGAUUUCAUUUCCUUUCAGACUGACCUCGGUGAUGUACAAUAGGCAAGUUUCAUUCUGCUGCCAUCUACUCACAUGAAAAGCAGUUUCUAAUUUUUAAAAAUCAUUUAACUUAGCGUUUUCCCACUGAAUUCUUGGGGGGGGAGAUUCACAUCCCCAAAUCCCGCGCUUUGUAACAGAUGGAGAUGAACACAAAUGUACUAGUUAGUAAUUCUUUUCUGACUCAGAAGCUGUGUGAGUUCACAACCCGUUACCCCUCACGGUGUCUCAGUAGGCUUGGGAGGACCCUUCUUGUGUGUAAAUACCACCAUCUCCUCUGCAGGUUCAGUUCCCUGCCAGCAAAACCUCUAUG